GUAGGCUCCCGAAAAUCUCCCCGAGUCCGACGAGUCUCCGGCGGCCGCCCCCCUCUCCCUCUCGGAUCUCUCCCUCUCUCCGCUCGCCGCGCCUCCAUCGGUCCACUCAGCCAUGUAUAGUAAUUACGGGAAUCCUUCGGGGAUGCAGAUGCCCCCGCAAAACUCUCAACCUGUCCAGUUUGAUAAUCCAUUAUACGGUGCAAGCUCGGGCCUAAUCAGAUCUGGGAUAGGAGUAUAUGGGGAGAAGUUUUUGGGUUCUAGUUCAGAAUUCAUGCAAAGCAACAUCAAUAGAUACUUCUCCAACCCGCAGUAUUACUUCCAUGUGAAUGAUCAAUAUGUCCGUAACAAGUUGAAAGUUAUACUGUUCCCGUUCUUUCACAGGGGGCACUGGACUCGAAUAAGUGAGCCGGUCGGUGGCCGCUUGUCCUACAAACCUCCAAUCUAUGACAUAAACGCACCAGAUCUGUACAUCCCUUUCAUGGCAUUUGGAAGCUUCAUCAUCCUUUCAGGGUUUACAUUGGGUUUCAUGGGAAAGUUUACUCCAGCAGCUAUAAAUCUGCAGUUUACAAGGGCGCUCAUCGGCUGGGGCUUCCAGCUCAUGGUCCUGAAAGGUCUGCUCUACUCGAUGGGUGGUGGCGAGGUGCCACUGCUCGACUUGGUAGCGUACGGCGGUUAUUUAUUCGCCGGGCUAUCGCUCGCCGUCGUCGCGAGGCUCGUGUGGGCGUACUCGUACUAUGUGAUGAUGCCGUGGAUGAGCCUGUGCAUGGGGGUGUUCCUGGUGAGGACGAUGAAGAGGGUGCUCUUCACGGAGAUGAGAAGCAGCGAGAGGCACUCGUCGCGGCAGCACUACUUCCUUCUCUUCAUGGCAAUCGCACAGUUCCCCCUGUUCUUCUGGCUCGGCAGCAUAGGUGCAUGAUACAGUUUUGUGUACUUUUCGCAGCAUUAACGUUGCAAAAAUGAUAUUGAAGUGUUUAGAUGUGUUGUAAAGAAAAAAACAAUUGGACAAUGGUCUCAACAGCUUAGAGGUUGGCAGCUCUGCUUGUGAAGUUGUAUGUGAUCCACAAUCAUGUUAUGCUAUUGACUUU